AUCCCGCCCCAGGCAUCCCCCCCUUAUUCUCGACAUCCCACACACAGCUGGACUCCUCUCCUCGACCCAGGUCCCGCCCUCCUCCGUGCCCCCCAGGCUGCCCCCACUCCACCCGUGGCACCCCACACACCCCCUAGCUCCCCUCCCUCAGCCAUGACAGCCCCCACCCGGGCUCCCCUCCCCCACUCGCAGCAGCCCCCACCCGGGCUCCCCUCCCCCAUCCAUCCAGCCGUGCCCCUCACGUAGAUCCCCAGCCAGGCUUGCGCUCUCCCGAGGGCUCUACUCCAGGUGGGGCCGGGGCUCCCUUCAUCCCCGAAGGACAUCAUUUCCCUCUUGGCCACCCCACUCCCCUGGAGGGCUCCUCCAUCCUCCAUCCUUCGGCCUCCCAGCCCCCCCGCCUGCUUUUUUGUGUCCCCGCGGGGAAAUCGGGGGUGCAGGGGCUGAGCUCGGGAGCACACCGGGCUCCGCAGCGCUGGGACCAGGAGGCGCCGCCGGGGCGACCUCCCGCGCUGCGGGGAGGGAAAGGCAGGUUUACAGCCGUCAGGAGGCGACGGCGACGUUGCGGAGAACGGGCCACAUCGCCGGCUGCUCCCCGCUCCCGGAGGGCUACGAGCCGCCGCGGGGCUCCCGCUGCCGCGGAGCGGUGGGCCACAGGCGCACGGCCCCAGUCCCGGUUACGACGGGACGCAGAGGGAGACGGGAAGGUUUAUUGAAAGGCGGUGAAAUCCAACUCGCCGGCGUCAGUUAACGGCCAAGCUUCGCGGUGUCCGAGACGGAACGGCAGCCGGACCGCUCCCGGCACCCUGCAGCCCCCGGGGGCAGAGCACGGCCGGACCCUCCGCAAUCCCGCGGACCGGUUGCUCCUGCCGAGCCGGCUGCCCUCCCGCAGCGGGACAGCGUCGUCCGGACGGAGAAAGAUGGCGGGACAGCGGGAACGGUGCCCGGAGGAGCAGGUGACCAAGAUGCAGGGCAACAAGGGCUUCAACAUGGAGAAGCAGAACCACGCUCCGCGGAAGCAGCACCAGCAGCACCCGCCGCCCGCCAUCCCCGCCAACGGGCAGCAGAACAACAGCCAGAGUGAGUCCCGGGCCCGCCGCGGGGAGCCGCCCGGCCCCGCUCUGGAGCAGCUGUGUACCUUAUUCCCCUCAGAUGAAGGCCUGACUAUUGACCUGAAGAAUUUCCGGAAACCUGGUGAAAAGACCUUCACCCAAAGAAGCCGCCUGUUUGUGGGGAAUCUGCCCCCAGAUAUUACAGAGGAAGAGAUGAGAAAGUUAUUUGAGAAGUACGGCAAGGCAGGUGAAGUCUUCAUACACAAAGACAAAGGCUUUGGCUUUAUCAGGCUGGAAACUCGCACUCUGGCAGAGAUUGCAAAGGUGGAACUAGACAACAUGCCUCUACGUGGGAAGCAGCUAAGAGUGCGUUUUGCAUGCCACAGCGCAUCGCUGACAGUCAGGAACCUGCCUCAGUUUGUGUCCAACGAGCUCCUGGAGGAAGCCUUCUCAGUGUUUGGCCAGGUGGAAAGGGCUGUGGUUAUUGUGGAUGACAGAGGACGAUCCUCUGGGAAAGGCAUUGUGGAGUUCUCAGGGAAACCUGCUGCUAGGAAAGCCCUGGACAGAUGUAGCGAUGGGUCUUUCCUGCUCACUACAUUCCCUCGGCCUGUCACUGUGGAGCCCAUGGAUCAGUAUGAUGAUGAAGAGGGGCUACCAGAGAAACUAGUCAUCAAAAACCAGCAAUAUCACAAGGAACGUGAGCAGCCUCCGCGAUUUGCACAGCCUGGCAGCUUUGAGUAUGAAUAUGCCAUGCGUUGGAAGGCUCUAAUAGAAAUGGAGAAGCAGCAGCAAGAACAAGUAGACCGCAACAUCAAGGAAGCUCGAGAGAAGCUGGAAAUGGAAAUGGAAGCAGCUCGCCAUGAGCACCAAGUUAUGCUCAUGCGGCAAGAUUUAAUGAGACGCCAGGAAGAGCUGAGGAGAAUGGAGGAAUUGCAUAACCAGGAAGUACAAAAACGUAAACAGUUGGAACUCAGGCAAGAGGAAGAACGCAGGCGCCGUGAGGAGGAAAUGAGAAGGCAGCAAGAAGAGAUGAUGAGACGCCAGCAGGAAGGCUUUAAAGGGAAUUUUCCUGAUGCGAGGGAGCCACCAGACAUGCGAAUGGGACAGAUGGGUAUGGGAGGUACCAUUGGCAUGAACAAUAGAGGAGCUAUGGGUGGUACCAACGUCCCAGCUGCUGCACCUCCUGCGACUGGUCCUGGAGCUAUGAUACCUGAUGGAGCCAUGGGAAUGACUCCACCGCCGCCUGCAGAUCGCUUUGGCCAGGGUGGUGCCAUGGAAGGCCUCGGAGCAAUGGGAGGGAACCCACCUGCCUUCAACAGAGGAAAUCCAGGGGGUGAUUUUGGCCCUAACAAGCGUCGCAGAUACUAACAGGAUUAAGCUACCCUCUGCACAGGCCCCAAAGGGGAAUGGAAUCUUGGCAGGCCACACAGGGUUCAGCUUGGGGGGGGGGGGGGCGGAUAUUAAAAAUAGUUAAUUAGGGCCUGUUUUGGUAAAGCCACUCUAGGACAAGGGGAGUGCAGUCUGACUGGUAAAGGUUUUAGAAAAUUUCAUGUGGUGCAUUCCUAUAAUUUCAAUGUGAAAAAUGGAUUCUGGGAGGCUGCCGUGGUUGUUCAGUAACGGUAAAAUCUGGCAAGGACCUUAAUGCCUUGACCAUUCCAGGUUUCCUAUUUGCAGCUGGAGUCCUGAAACUAAACUAGAUAAAACUGCAGUGUGUCUUGGCAUUUCUUUAGCGUAGCAUACCUUGCUUAAGAGCACAGGGAAGUCUCUGGAGAACUAGGGCAGCAUCUGGGUACUUCGCAGCUCCCAUAAUUCUGUAAAUUUAUAGAGCUCCAGAUGAUCCGUCAUGUAGUGAAUUGGGGGAGAUUUUGUGUUCGUUUAUUUCUUUCUCCUUUUUUUUCUCCUAACUUGUAGUUAUUCUUUUUAUCUGGACCAUCUGUUCACUGUCACGUGCAGCCUGAAUGGCUCGGAGGCUUUUGUUUGGAUGAAUUUUUUGAUAACGUGUUGUAUCACUGUUUAUUUUUACUGCUAGUAAAGUACAAUCUAUUGGACAAAGAUACUGUAUCUCAUGCUGAAGAUUUAACUGAAAAAAAAAUGUUUGUAUAAUCUUAACCUUGCCUGUCUUUUGUGUAGAAGUACUACAAGAUUUUUCAUUUAGUGUAAACUGUUUAAACACAAGCUGUAAUUGUCCCACUAACAAGUUUGAGUUUGUCUGAGGAAUGUUACAGGAAUGCAUUAUUAAAGUGAAUUUUAAGCCUUUUU